GCGACGGCAUUGAUCAACUUCAACGGCACGAUGCCUGCGGGCUCCUCUAGCCUGCUAGACGAUCACUGGGAUGAGUUGAUCCAGCGAGUCGUCUGUAGUCUUCCUCGAAUGGCUUGGGCGCCUGCUAACGAAGCUGUUGAUUUCUUCGAUGGACUUGCUCGUGGUUUACUACAUUCCAUUGGUCCAGGUUCAAGCAGUCACCAUCAUGGUCCCGAGGAAGAUCCUACUCCGGCACGACAAGCCUUUCCUUUUCGACUGGCCCAACUUUCUUCAGUCAGUCUUGAAUGUUUAAAAAAGCUGAUGGAGCAGAAUGUGCCUAUCGAGACGACCAAUUCCCUAACCGAUCCAUGCGUAUGGCUCGACUACCUAGGCGCUAUUUAUCAUAGCCUAGGAAACCUGAUUCGUCGACUCUCUGGCGUAUCGAGUCGUAGCGGCAGCGGCGGCGGCUCUGAUGUGAAUCAUGGGGGCAGUUGUAACGAUAUCGGAGCGUUGCAUGACGCGGUGGCACAAGCUUGUCUGGCUGCUUGUCAACAAUUCGCUCAUGAAAGCCUUUGGCCUGUUCUGGCCUGUCUAAUGGGACACUAUGCUCAACGUAUGCGGCCUAUGGAGCACAUUUGCCGCACAAUUCGCUACUUGUUACGCUGCCUUUCCAUCCAUCUCAAGGACCUUCUGCCCAGUAUAGCAGAAAAGGUCUUUAUAGUAACUCGUUUUAUGUUAAUUAUCCGUAAAUGA